AGGUACUUCAGUAUAUGUGCUGCUAUGUGCAGUAAUAGAGGGAUAGGCAAAAAUGGAAGAAUAGCAUGGCCUUACAUUAAAGGAGACUAUGAGCAUUACAUUAACCUGACUUCUGAUGUGAGUGAUCCAGGCAAGAAGUGUGUCCAUAUUAAAGGCAAAGUAACUUGGGAAGAAACGGGGCUUGAAGAAAAGUCCAACCCCUCUGUGAUAAACGUGGUCAUUAGUAGAUCUAUGAAUGAAAGGCCAGAGUAUGUGGAAUAUAUUGCCAGGAGCCUGGAUGAUGCUGUGCAAUAUGUGACAUCUCCACCAUUAUGUGACCAGGUGGAGAAGAUUUGGGUGAUGGGGGGAGAAAUGGUCUUCAAGGAGGCAAUUGGAUGCACCAACUGUAGAAGAAUUUAUCUUACAAAGAUUUACAGAGAUUUUGAUGCUGACACCUUUUUCCCACCAUUUGAAGACAUAUACCAUGAAAUAGAAACUUCUGAUGUCCUUCAGGAUAGUGGCAUUAAAUACCAGUUUCUAGUGUUUGAAAGAAGCACAAUAUCAGAUAGAAUACGAAACUAUCUGAAGAAUAAAUAAGGAAAGUCACGUGUUAAUAUCUUGUUCUCCAGCUGCUAGCGCCCUCUUUGUUUUAAGUGUUUGGCUAGUGCACCAUACAGUGCUGGCAUCUGACGGUAAAAAUAGUUAACAGUCUGGUGCUGACCUCUAACGGGAAAGUAAUUUACAAUGAAAAGAUACUAUUGGGAAAUAUAAAGAACUUUAUUGGAAAUACUUGGUAGUUAAUUUAAUUUUGAUUGUCUUAAUUGUUUUGUGACACAAUAUGACAAAAGUAACAUGGCUUAGUUUUUGUAGGAAAAUGUGCAGCGUUUAGUUAAAGAAGCAUACAUAUUUAAGUUACCUAUCACUUAUCUAAACACUCGUUUUAAAGUCUGGGAAACAUCUAGUGAUAGUUUGCCGACUUUCGAUAGUGCUAAUAAAAUAUUUACGUCCAUUACCACUCUACUGCCAUUACGAAUCCCAGACGUACCGACCGAGUUCAAAGCCGCGCUUGUUUAUUUACCGCCUGUGCAAACUUUUCACCUAAACAAGAUCGAAGACCAGAACAAUUUGCACAAAUUGGUGCAAAAUGUUACUAACAAUUAUUCUUAAGUGAAGAAUUUACUUGAUCGAAUCCCGACACAAUUUCGCUUAAUUAGCUUCGAGUCGUUCAGCUAUUCGCCCGACUUGCCCGUUGCAGGUCAGAAAGUGUUUAAAACUCUGGCAAAUAAUAGUGGAGCCUCCAUCGACAUGAGUCAGUCGAUAUUUGUUGCUCUAAUUGCUUUAAAAGACCACGGCAUAACUCGGUAAUUAACAAGCAGGAUGGAAAUGAAGAUUAAUGGAUUGUCGAUUACUUGCUAAUGCGAAAAGUGCGAAGUCUCCAAGCUUUGUACUGGUGGGUGUGAGCGUGCGACCUAGGUGGUACGGCGGGGGAGCCGGCUGCCUAGGUGGUUAUCUGCAGGCAUUCUAGACCCUUUCAAACUCACAGAAUAUGUUGCUGUUCAAUAUCUUCCGUUCGAUUGCACGGACACAACGGGGGCAUCCUGCCCGACUUCCCCGACACAACGAAGUUAAUCGGCUUUGGGCUGUCACUCACACUAUCUGUCAACAUCCAGUUUGAUUGACGCAUUCUUCGGUCGGCUUUGAAGUCUACUAUUAACGGGGGAGGCGAGAAAACAACGCUACUUAGAAAUUUAAGCCGCGGGGUCAAGGCGUAGUAAAAUAGGCUUGGUUUUCAUAUCGAUAAACCCCUACAGAAGGCUCAUUUUCUAGUGUGCGUUUUAUCUUGCAUUCUGAUCCACGAAAUAAAAGACCCGGGUCCCCCUUUUUCUCCUCCCUGGUGAACGAAUGCCAUUAGCGAAGUGUCACUUGGCUCACAGGGGUUCUCAAGUAGAUUGAUGGAGAAGGCGGGGUGUCUAAACAGUUCCCUUGUACCACUUGACACGUCUGAUAGGGCUUAAUUUACUUAAAGCCUCUGCGUUCCGAUUACUAUCAAAACACGGCGGCCAACAUCAAAGGCGUCCUGCGUAGCCUACCGUCUCGUUUGGGCAAGGGAACGUAACAAUUUGCCCACCUCUUCGCAUUUUUCAAAGUCAUUUAACCUCGUGAUCACAUACAUAGCGUCCGUGAGACGCUUUUCACGCCAUGUAGAGAUAACAUAGUUGUGCUGAUCAGAGUUAUAACCCUCACCUAUUGAAGUGUGUAAGUCUGAAGAGAGCACGUCACGAUCGCAAGUAUUUGUAACCCUACACCUUGAGGAACCCCCACCUCGACACAAACAGGCCCUAUGGAGCUCUGCAGCACAAUAUGGAAACUAUGCAGACAGGCUUUAAAUUCUGUACGCUAGGCUGGACCCAGCUGUUGUACAUUUUAUCACAACAUUGAUCAGUCCUAGAUGGAUAGGGUUGCUCUUUUAUUCCAAAAACGUGCUGUAGAUAAAUUAAUUAACAAUCGCUUUAAAACUGCGGCAGACAUCUUUGAACGCUCUGCUUUAAACUAAUUCAAGUUAACAGCUGCAUUGCUAGGCUUUUGCUAUUGCACGUCUGUAAAAAUACUACAUGACACGAAGGUGGACGUCUGUCAUUUGUCUUGUUCAACUUCAAAGGUAGGGGCUGACCUGUGAGUGCGCAGAGCCGGUGUAUGUGUGGCC